CGGAUUCCCAACCACUGUGCCACCAGGAAAGUCCUGGUGACAGGGAUCUUGCUAUAAACCAGUCUCAUGCCUUCAGAGGUAUCAGCAAAGCCCUUUCCAGAACACUGUUUUCUCUGACUUUAAGCCCGUGUGGGUUGCAUGGAGAGGGCUUAUUCCUCCCAUUUUCCAGAUGAGAAAAUGGGCGAAGGUUGUGACUCCCCCGCCCCGACCCCAUUCACAUGGGGAAUAUGUAGAUCUCUGAAAAGAGGUGAUACCUUUCAGAUCCUCUGCCCUCCUCCCCUCGAAAAAAAGCAAAGGCCUGUGAUUCACCAUACCCUCAUGGCUAUUAUUCUCUAUACUAUUCGUCAACUAAGACAUUUCAGCCUUAGGCUCCUCUCGAGUAGUUAUUGAAAUCUCUUGUUCAGCGCCUCUCGCUUUCUUCUUGAAUAUCUUCUCCGACUAGACUGUGAGCUCCAGGAAGAUAGCGUCUUGCCCUCUUUGACCUCACGUCACUCCCUGUACCUCACCUCAUACUUUGAACGUAACAGGCACCUUAAUAAAAAUCAGUUGGCUUGGUGGUUCUAAGGAUGAGUACCGGUUGGAUCAUGUGAUUGGCAGUGCUUCUGAGGGAACAGAUGUUCCUAUUCAAAUCCAUGAAACUGGAAACAUGAAAAAACAACAAUCAUGACAUUGAUUGAUAGUGAUAUUUACUGUGUCAGACUGUUUAAGCUUAAGCUAUAAAAUAGACUAUCACGUUCUGUCGUCUUUCCAUUUUGAUUUCAAAGGUUCUCACACACUUAAAUAAUGUCCCUUGACUCAGAUCCUAAUUCUUGUGUGAUGUACUAUGUAAUAUUUCCUUAUCAAAUUACAGCCCUGUUCUUUUGAAUUUUACACUCAAAGCUUCCCCUUCCUGAGAAAACACCACUUCUGGGUGCUUUGAAGACAUUUUUUGGUCUGUUAUAAGAAAAUAUUUAUCAGUUGGCAAGGCAUGUAGUGCUGAGAACACGGUAGACAAUGCAGGGCCGGAGCGAGGUGUGUGUUGCUGAGUAUCCUGUCUGCACUAAUUUCCUAAAUCCCCUGCCUGCCAGAUGGGUGGUCAUCGUCUGAACUGGUUCAUAAAAGGUGAUUUUAGAACCUGCGGUAUAAUCUUGAGCACAAACAAGGCUGAAGGGCUGUCUUUUCUGUCUUAUUCAGGUCCUGAGCAGGCAGAGCCACGCGCUAUGAGCACCUCGGGUCUGUUCCGUUUUCCUACCCCACUGACCAGAGUGUGCAUGGUGCCCUGGGGACUCCGGCUCUGCGAGAAGCCGGAACUCUUAUCCCCUGGAACAGCGGUCACUCCAGUCCAGGCGGCAGGCAAGAAGGACCACCCUGCUCUGCUCUCCCUGGAUGAGAGUGAACUUGAAGAGCAGUUUGUAAAAGGACACGGGCCAGGGGGCCAGGCAACCAACAAAACAAGCAACUGCGUGGUGCUCAGGCACGUCCCCUCAGGCAUUGUGGUCAAGUGCCACCAGACUAGAUCCGUCGAUCAAAACAGAAAGCUAGCUCGGAGAAUCCUGCAAGAGAAAGUGGAUGUUUUCUACAACGGUGAAAACAGUCCUGUUUACAAAGAAAAACGAGAGGCAGAGAAGAGAAAGCAAGAAAGGAAAAAAAGAGCAAAGGAGACCCUAGAGAAAAAGAAACUCCUGAAAGAACAAUGGGAAUCAAGUAAAAAUGUGCCCAGAGAAAGGACUGCAGAUUCUGACUGAAAGAACCUGCCGGAUGGGACUUCGCUGUUGGCGCAGUGGUUAAGAAUCUGCCUGCCGAUGCAGGGGACACGGGUUCGAGCCCUGGUCUGGGAGGAUCCCACAUGCCACGGAGCAGCUAAGCCCGUGCACCACAACUACUGAGCCUGCGCUCUAGAGCCCGCGAGCCACAACUACUGAGCCCGCGUGCCACAACUACUGAAGCCUGCACACCUAGAGCCCAUGCUCUGCAACGAGAAGCCACCGCAAUGAGAAGCCCGCGCACCGCAACAAAGAGUAGCCUCCGCUCGCCACAACUAGAGAAAGUCCACGCGCAGCAACGAAGACCCAACGCAGCCAAAAAUAAAUAAUUAAUUUUUAAAAAAAGAACCUGCCGGAUGCCUCCAGGGACGGCGUGAGCUCCACCACCAGCGCAGCCGUGACGGGCUCCAGAGACAGCAGAGUUUCUAAACAGCAGACAAACUGUAGUGAAUAGCAGUGCAUACUUUGAGAAUAAAACUGUAAAAAGAAACACGAGGAAGUCAUUACUGUAGAAGGACAAGGGCACUUUUUGGGGGAGGAAAGGCUGUCAUUGUGACGCAGGGCUUGGAGGGGCUUCUGGGCAGCUGACAAGAGUUCUGUUUCUUGACCUGGCCGGUAGUUAGAAGUAUGUCACCUUUUAAGCUAUACAUUUGUGUGACUGUAUCUGUAUCUGCACCACGAGGCUUGUGAGAACUUAGUUCCCCGACCAGGGAUUGAACCUGGGCCCCGGCAGUGAGAGCGCAGAGUCCUAACCACUGGACCGCCAGGGAAUUCCCCAAUGAAAAUAUUUUCUGAAAAAAAGCAUUAAUGUAAGUAAUGGACUUUUUAUGGAAAACUAUAGAAUUGAGUCAAACAAUAGCAUUUAGUGCCUCCUUGUCAUCUGCUGGAAGGUCAUUGCUCAGUGAUACAUAGAUGUCAUUAAGAGAACAAAAGAAAACAAGAUGGCUAAAGAUUUACAAGUUAGUAAGUUACUUACCCAUUUACCCCAUUAGCUUAAUAGACUGUGUGUUGACAAGUAACCUCUCUGAUGUGGAAAUACACAUGUCAUUCUCUGUAUGCUGAUUUACAAGUAGUAGGUUUAUAAAAGCUGAGGUUUCAGAAA